AUGUUCGUAUCAUUAAUUCUUUUUCUUUAUUUUCUUUCUCAACCCAUCUUGUUCUUUCUAUCAUUCUUCAUUCUUUUUUGUUCUUUCUUUCUUUCUUUCUUUCUUUCUUUUCUUAGUAUGUUUAUUAUUCCAUGUAUGUAUUUUUUUUCCUUUCCGUUUCCUUUCUUUACUUAUCUUUCUUUUUUUUUAGUUAUCUUUCUUUCUUUCUUUCUGAUCUUAGUAGCUUUAUUCCCUCAUGUUCUAUUCAUUUCCUUUUCUUUCUUUCUUUCUUUCUUUCUUUCUUUCUUUCUUUCUUUCAUUUUUUUCUCCUUUUUUAACUUCUUCAGCAACUCUUACUACAUUCGCCUGUAUCUAUUCUUUUUUUCUUUCUUCUUUAUGAUUCUCUCUCUCUCUCUCUAUCUGUCUUUCUUUAACCUUCUCUCUUCCCUUUCUUCCGGCAUUGACGACUCUCUUUUAUUCUUUUUACCUUUUUCCUUUCUUUUUCUAUUAUCUUCGUCUUUUUCUUUAUCUCAAUUGGUUCAUAUCUAUCUAUCGAUCGAUCUACCUGUCUCAGUUUGUUCAUAUCUAUCUCUAUCUAUUUCAGUUUGUUCAUAUCUAUCUCUCUAUCUAUUUUUGUUCAUAUCUAUCUAUCGAACUAUCUCAAUUUUUUUGCUUAUAUCUAUCUAUCGAGCUGUCUCAUUUCUUCAUAUUUAUCUAUCGAUCUAUCUCACUUUGUUCAUUAUCUAUCUAUCUAUCUAUCUAUCUAUCUAUCUAUCUAUCUAUCUAUCUAUCGCAAUUUGUUUCUUUCUCUCUAUCUAUUUUUUCAUAUCUAUAUAUCUAUGUCAUUUUGUUCAUAUCUAUCUAUCUCAAUUUGUUUAUAUCUAUAUAUCUGCCUCAAUUUGUUUAUAUCUGACCCAAUUUCAUCAUAUCUAUCUCUAUCUGUCCAUCUAUCUAUCUCUAUGCCUGUCUGUCUAUCUAUCAAUCUAUCUAUCUUUAUUCAUUUCUAUCUAUAUAUCUAAGUUUAUUCCUAUCUAUCCCAAUUUGAUCAUAUCUAUCUAUAUAUCUCUCUCAAUUUCUUUAUAUCUAUCUAUCCAUCCCUAUUUAAUCAUAUCUAUCUCAAUCUGUUCAUUAAUCUAUCUAUCUAUCUAUCUAUCUAUCUAUCUAUCUAUCUAUCUAUCUAUCUAUCUAUCUCAAUUUGUACAUAUCUAUCUUAAUCUGUUCAUCUAUCUAUCUAUCUAUCUAUCUAUCUAUCUAUCUAUCUAUCUAUCGAGAUAG